AACCACUGUCCCACAACAGCCGGCAUCACGCGUCGUGUGGUGAGUUCCAUUUGAAUGAAUGUACAAUCUCGCUGACCAGACUCGACCGACGACGACGAUCCCCUCAAAAAGAUUUGCAGCGUGUGAGCGAGCAGACGUGCGAAACAAACAGCCAAAUUAUGCAGAUUGAGUGGAUCAUCGUGUUAACGAGCCUAAUAGCUGCGGCAUCUGCGGGAUGGAGGCUUCAGACGGUCGAUGACCUUCUGCGCAAUCGAAACAAAUGCAUCAAGAUUCUGAACAUGCAGGAUGAUCUACAGGAAGAAUUCGGCCUGUUCGACUUCCCCGACCAGGACUCGGCCAAGUGUGUCAUUAAGUGCAUCAUGAACAGGAUGGGACUGUUCAAUGACAAGCGCGGUCCGCACGUAGGUCGUCUCGUUAGGCAGAUGAAGUUCGCGUCGGUGUCUUCCACCAAGGAAAUUCGCGGUGAAAUCCUCAACUGCGCCUACCAAGACAUGGAAAUGGAUCCCGAGGAUGUUUGCGAGCGGGCCUAUGCGCUGUAUCAGUGCAUCCAGAAUAGUAACCUUCUGCUGAUGAAGUCACCCGGAUCGAUAAACACUUGAAAGAUGCCGCCGCUGAACGGCGUGCCUCGGAACGAUUUUACACCAAAAAUUUGUGCCAUCGAUGGGGAGAGCAUUCAAUUUCCUUAGUUUGAUAAGAACAAAGAGGCCACCGCGCUUUAUUUUAUUAUACCAUAUUGUGAUAGAGUAAUAAGUAGCCGAUCACGCCACAUUUCCGUUCUUCAUCGUACGCAGCAGUUGCAGAUGUCAGCGCUCUCUGGGAUGAGCAGCGUAGUCACGUGAUUAGGGCGUUUGCGGCAAUGCUCAGUUGUUUGGGGAAAUCCAAAUGAACGAUCCUGUAAUAACAACCGUUUUUUUUUUUUGCUCCCAAGGGGAUCGGCAGCUGUUGCGUGCGUUUGCAUUAUCAGUUAACACUCAUAAGACUUUAUACGACUGUAAAUCAUUAUUUUAUUAUAUUCAUGUCUACAUAGGUCAUAGUUCAGAAUGAUAACUUUUAUAAGCGUAUUCGAGAAAGAUUAUUAACUUUUGAGAUUUGUCUUUCUUGAGUUAAACAUGUUGCAGUUGUGCAUUGUAAUGGAAUUACCAAAACAGUUUUAGAAAUCAUUAGUAAAAUGAUAAAAUUAAAUAAAAUGACAUGAAGAGAUAAAAACUUCAAUAUAGUGACUGAGAUUACUGAAUAAACAAAUAAGUGAAUAGAUAAUAGACCAAGGCGACAGCUUUGACAGUCGUACUGUAGAAAUAUUUCUAGCAAAACACAAAGUUUGUGUACAAUCCUCCGAUGAUACAGAGUUGCUAAAAGAAGAUGAAAAAAUAAUAGGAUACUUCAUUAUUGCACCUGAUAAACAAAUAAACACAGUCUUUCAUACAUAAAUGAUAGGCUGUUUUUCCAAAACAA